AUGGAGAACAAGAGGAUGAUGAAUUCAAAACUCCUGUAUAUAUUAUCCAGUAUGCAUUAUAAUUUUACAGUUGGGUUUGCCACAGUUUUUCUCUGUGCAAUAAUAGUAGUUUGGCUGAAAAAAGAUAGAAGUGAUAGGCGUAGACUCCCCCCAGGACCCAGAGCGUUGCCCAUAGUAGGCCAUUUUCAUCUCCUGAUAGACAAAGAAAAGCCCUUUCAUAGAAUUCUUGAUUCACUCUCAAAAGUUUAUGGACCCAUUAUGCACCUCAAAUUUGGUAGCCGCCCAGUUUUGAUUAUCAGUUCAUCAGAGCUAGCCAAAGAAUGUUUUACAAUCCAAACAUACCGACCCAAGAGAAUGAGGCAGAUUUGUAAAACUCUGGAUAUUCUGUUUCAACAUGCUCAGAUGAAAACCACAGUUAAUAUGAGAAGUGUUUUGUCCCAGAUGACUUUGAAUGUUCUGAUGAGCAUGAUAAUGGGUGAUCGGUAUUUUGGAGAGCAAGAGGGGGUAUCAUAUGCAGAAAUUGCACAUCUGGUUGAAGAGUCUUUUAUGCUCCAUGGGAUUGUCAAUACUGGGGAUUAUAUUCCCUGGUUGAAAUGGCUUGAUUUGCAAGGGUAUGAGAGGGCAAUGAAGAAAGUGCAGGGGAAAAUCAAUCCUUACAUGCAGAAAAUAGUGGAGAAGCACCAAGAAAAUCCUCCAGAAGAGAAGGAAGAGAUGGACUUCAUAGAUGUGCUCAUCUUGCAGGCUGAGGAGAAUAGUGAAGCGAUCCCUGACAAAGAUACCUUCAUCAAAGCCACUGCUAUGAAUAUAUUUAGUGCAGGCUCAGAUACUUUUUCACUUGCCUUAGAAUGGGCAUUAUCACUAUUAAUAUUGCAUCCCACCAUAAUGAAGAUGGCCCAAGAGGAGCUUGAUUCCAAAAUUGGAAAAAGUAGAUUAGCAGAAGAGUCAGAUAUGCCAAAACUAAAAUACUUGCAAGCAAUAGUCAAGGAAACAUUGCGUCUUUUCCCACCCGGGCCUUUACUUGUACCACAUGAAUCUAUUAAAGCGUGCACAAUUGGAGGCUUCCAUAUUCUAGUAGGAACAAUACUAAUUGUAAAUGCAUGGGCAAUUCAUCGAGACCCAAGAAUUUGGAAUCAACCACUAGAAUUUAUACUGGAGCGUUUCUUGGAAAAAAAUAUAGAAAGAGAGAGCAUACAAAGUUUAGGGAAUGAAUUUGAGAUGUUUCCUUUCGGGGUAGGAAGGAGGGGAUGUCCCGGUUCCUCUUUGGCAACAUGCCUAGUGCAUAUAACUCUUGCAAGGUUGUUACAAAGUUUUGAUUGGUUUCUUCCUGAUGAUAAAUCUGAGGGAGAGGGCGGCGGCGCUCGCGGCGGUGCCACUCAACACGGCCAGGCGGCGGCGGCGCCCUGCGGCCACCGCAGUGUGCCGCGGCCCGGGACUAAAGCACCAGCGAGGGUUUAA